ACACUGUAAAUGAAACGAAAGUACAUGAACCUAUUCUCGCGUCAUUAUGCGGUACAUGAACUGGUAAAGUUAAAAUGUCAGAAGAAAGAAAAUCUUCAUCGUCCCGACUUUUGGUGGCAGCUAUAGAUUUUGGAACCACAUAUUCGGGCUAUGCCUACUCUUUCAAAUCAAACUGGGCAAAAGUGUUAAUGAAUAAGUGGGAAGGCGGUCAGUUAGCCUCGUACAAAGCGCCAACAGCUUUACUUCUCAACCCGGACAAAACUCUCAAUUCCUUUGGGUAUGAAGCGGAGAAAACCUACUCAGACAUUGCAACUGACAAAGAUGAAGAGGGAAGAACUUGCAAGGAGUAUUAUUACUUUUAUCGAUUCAAAAUGAUUUUGAAAACAACUAUGACCCAGAGAGUUCACCGAAAAUCAAUGUGCAAAGAUGAGAACGAGCGGGAAAUGGAAGCUAUGCCGAUUUUCACUCACUGUAUCAAAUAUCUCAAGGACCACCUUUUGGGUGUGUUGUCUAACAGCACACUGGGGGGAAAAGUGGAAGUAAAAGAUAUUGACUUUGUUUUAACAGUACCAGCGAUAUGGGACGACACAGCAAAAAUGUUCAUGAGGGAAGCCGCUGUAAAAGCUGGAAUACCUGAUCAUCAACUUCAAAUUGCAUUGGAACCGGAAGCAGCAUCCAUUUAUUGCCAAUUGAUGCAUUUUGAUGCCGCCAAAACCGAGAAAGCACUUGGCAACUGGACAAGGGGGCCAGGCAUUAAAUAUAUGGUUAUUGAUAUUGGAGGUGGAACUGCAGACAUUACUGUGCAUCAACUACAAGACAAUGGAACAUUAGCAGAGUUGGUACCAGCAAGUGGUGGAAAAUGGGGCGGGACACGUGUGGAUGAUGCCUACAGGAAUUUCUUAAAGGAUAUCUUUGGCGAUGGAGUGUUAAAGACUUUCAAAGAUGAUUUAGAUUACAUAGUAGACUAUGUAGAAUUCUGGCAAGGGUUUGAAGUCAAGAAAAGAGAGCAAAUAACGGCAAAGGAAACAGACAAGGUGCACCUCAGAAUACCCCUGGCUUUGACUGAAAUAGUUAAAGAGAAAACGGAAUUGACAGGUGUAGCAGAUACAAUAAUGAAUGCAUUGAUAAAAAAAUCGAAACACAAUAGUAAUGGUAUAUAUAGUUCAGGAGGAAAACUUGUGCUUCCCAUUGAUUUCUACAAGAAUUUAUUUAAUCCACCAAUUGAGGAACUCGUUAUGCAUUUAUCCAAAAUGUUUAAGAACGAUCUGGAGUCGGACGUUGACGUCAUUUUGAUGGUUGGUGGUUUCUCCGAGUGCGAUUUAGUGAUAAACAAACUCGAGCGACAUUUUGGAAAUAAGCGGUUGGUGGUUCCGUACGAAGCAGGACUUGCUGUUUUGAAAGGAGCUGUCUUUUUCGGUCACCACAAAGAUCUGAUUUCGCGCCGAGUCGCUAGAUAUACCUAUGGAAUUCAAACAUGGCCAAAAUUCGACAAAUCAAUUCAUUCACCUCAGAAGAAACAGUUGAUAAAUAGAGAAGAAAGAUGUAAGGAUGUAUUUUUAAAAUUCGUCUCUAUAGGAGAGCCAAUAGAACCCGGGUUUAAGAAAUCCUUCUUUUUCCGGACGCUCAGACAGGGGGACAAAUUGCUGGAGUGCGGCGUCUUUAUCACAAACCAGAAGGACCCGAAAUACGUGGACGAUAAGGAGUGUGUCAAAAUUGGUACUUUGACAGUACCAUUAAUGAAUUCCGAACUAUGGGCAAAUACAGAAAUCGAAGAAUCCAUUAUUUUCGGAGAGACAGAAAUAAGAGUUACUGCAUACAACACUAACACUGGGCAAAAACAUGAAGUCACUUUUGAUCUUCUCUCACCAAAUUUGAAUAUGCCAAACAGCAGUAGUUAAUUAAGCUUCAUUUGAAAUAACCUUUCAGAGAUUAUACCAAUUUGUUUUGUUUUAAAUUCGUUAUUUUUCAUUCAUUAAACGUACGUAUUAUCA